AUGUCCCGGUACCUGCUCCCCCCCAACACGUCUCUCUUCGUGAAGAACGUGGCGGACGAUACCCGGUCUGAAGACUUACGUCGGGAAUUUGGUCGUUAUGGUCCUAUAGUUGAUGUGUAUGUUCCACUUGAUUUCUACACUCGCCGUCCAAGAGGAUUUGCAUAUGUUCAAUUUGAGGAUGUUCGUGAUGCCAAAGAUGCUUUACAUAAUUUGGACAGAAAGUGGAUUUGUGGACGCCAAAUUGAAAUACAGUUUGCACAGAGGGAUCGAAAGACUCCAAAUCAGAUGAAAGCCAAGGAAGGGAGGAAUGUGUAUAGUUCUUCACGCUAUGAUGAUUAUGACAGAUACAGAUGUUCUAGAAGCCGAAGUUAUGACAGAAGAAGAUCAAGAAGUCGGUCCUUCGAUUACAACUAUAGAAGAUCUUAUAGUCCUAGAAACAGUAGACCGACUGGAAGACCACGGCGUAGCAGAAGCCAUUCCGACAAUGAUAGACCAAACUGCAGCUGGAAUACCCAGUACAGUUCUGCUUACUACACUUCAAGAAAGAUCUGAGAAAGUGGAAAAAGAACCAAAGAAGGGCAGUUCAAGCCACCAAAGGGUGGGUGGAAGGUGCUGCAGUAU